UUUCUUAUCUUGGAAGGUGAGAUGGUCGUUGGUCUUCCUCUUGAGCCAAUUUGAUAAGAGAGAUAAGAGAGAGGCCGCUUGUCGGCUAAAACCUGCUCCGAUCUCAUCGGCUUCCCCGAUCUCAUCGUCUGCUCCGACGAAGACCUAUCCUCUUCAGUGCUGCCGGACGGACGGACGUUCAAUUUCCCAAUUGGUAUGUUAAUUUAUGCUUUAAGAGAAAAAUAAGGAACAAUUCUUUGACUCUUUGAAACUAGUUGGUAACUGGAGCAAUCAACAACAAAUACCCAUUACUCUAUCAUCUACCAUUUCACAUCUAGUUGAUCAAAUGGUUUUCCAUGGUGUUUUGAUCGUUUGAAACAAAACCCUGAUUAGAUUUCCCCAAUCUGAUUGAAAACAGUGGUGUGGGUUUCAAUUGGUAUUAAAGAUCAAGGUUUCAAAUUGGGAUUUAGGGUUAAAGGGUUGUGGUGGUGGGGGAAUGAAUUUCAGGAGCAUGGAUGAAUUUUGGCCAUUUUAUAUGAACCAACAUUCGAAACCAGCAACAAGGAGAUGGCAUUUUGCAGGCACAGUUGCUAGCAUUCUGUGUUUGACAUACUCAUUGUGUUUCAAUUGGUGGUUACUAUUUCUGGUUCCAUUUUUGGGUUAUGGAUUGGCUUGGUACAGUCAUUUCUUUGUUGAAGGUAAUACUCCAGCUACAUUUGGUCAUCCAGUUUGGUCUCUUUUGUGUGAUUUCAAGAUGUUUGGUUUGAUGCUAACUGGUCAAUUGGAUAGGGAAAUCAAGAGGCUUGGUAAGAGGCCUGUUUUGCAGGUCUUUUGAUUUCUUCUUCAUUUGGAACUGAUCAUAUAUUAUAUUGUUCCUUCCCUUCUUUGUUUCAUUACACAAUUGUUAUUUUUUCUUUCUCAAAUGCUUGUACUUGUUUCUCUUAUUGUUAUCAAUCAUUGAAAAGUCUUCAACUUUUAGGAUU